AGAGCAUUAAAACAUGGCGAACCGUAUGUUCUUCUUCAUAGCCCUACCAGGCACCAUUAUAUGCUUUAUAGCAUACACUAUGGUAGUGUUCACACCAAAAUAUAUGACCUACGAUGCACCACUACCCAGUGGAAUGAAGGACGGAGACAAAGUUCAGAGUUACACAAUGGGAGCUAUUCAGAAUUGUACUAAGAAUGGGACAUUCAGUUCUGUCGCUGUUAAAGCUAAGGUAGCACCGAAGAAAGCUACAAAGAAGAAGGCAGUGGCGAUUGUAAGAAGGUCACUAGAGGAAACAGGGGGAGGAAAAGAAGUUAAGGAAUUUGUUAAAUCAGAAGUUCCGAUGGUGGAAGUGGUAAAGAGUGAAGAAGCGUCCGUGGGAGCAGGAAUUGAAGAGGAAGCGGAAGUGGAUGUUCCAACUAUGGAAACUGUUCCAAUAGAGAAAGUGGAAGAGGUAGAGGAGGAAGUAGUGGAAGAGGAGGAGGAAGCUGCAAAGGUAGAACCAGCCAAAAAGGCAGCAGCACCAGCCAAAAAGGCACCAGCACCAGCACCAGCCAAAAAAGCACCAGCCAAAAAGGCAGCACCAGCUAAGAAAGCACCUGCCAAAAAAGCACCAGCCAAAAAAGCAGCUGCCAAAGGAAAGAAAACAGCUGCAAAAGGAAAGAAGACGGUUGUAGUGAAGGGACCGAAGGGACCACCUACUGACCCCACAAAGGUUCAUUUCGGCAAAUGGGAUUGUCAUCUCCUCAACUGGAAAAUGCUUACCAACCAGCUCUUCCUUGCCUACCUUUCUACGACAGCAGUUGCUUGGUUCACACUACUUGGUGCUUUCUUGGUAUCAUUGGUAAAGGUCAUCUUGGACUGGGUACCCCAUGACAAAAUCAAGGCUGCUAGAAUUCUUUGCAGUAGAAACUUUGGUCUUGGUUUGAUGUCUGCUCACAUAACAGCAGGUGGAAUGAUCAUUGCAUCCUCUGUCCUGAUGAUAGUUAUAUGGAAGACAACCCUGGCAGCCGCCGGCUGGAAGCUGGGUUUCAACAUAUACCUUGGGCUAGGUGUUGCUGUUGGGUCUUUCUUCACUGCAAUUAUGUGGUUUAUGGAUGUCAAGAAGAUGGGACUGAUUCCUAUUUAGAUGAACCAAAGCUAUUUCUGAUACAGAACGUCUCGUCCCUGGGAGCUUUAGAAAGACCUUCUUACUGUUUCAAUGGAAUACCUACAAUAUCUAUAUAAUAAGUGAAACAACAUUUUUCCCGAUGAGCAAAAUCGUAUUCUAUUCUGAUUUAAACGAGCAAUAAAUCGAUCUUAAAGUCUAGUCAUAUUAGAAUUUUGGCGAUAAAAUUAAAAUUUUUUUGAUACCUUGUGUUUGAAGUCUGAGGCAAGAUUCUUCAGACUUAAAAUUUAUUACCUCUCAGCUUUGCAAUAUAUUAUCAAGGGAGUAGUUGAAAUAAUUGAGACGAUUGAAAUUCUGUAAUCUAUACUUAAACAUACCAGAAUCGUUUAUAUUUAUGUACAAAAUAUCAAAUAGAUAAGUAACAACUUAUCACUCCUCACUCAAUUAGAAAAUAUGCUAUUUC